AUGUCGGACGAUUUGGAAGUGAAGGAGAACCUCAAAAGAACGCACGAUGAGUCGAAUGGACCCGCCUCAAAGCGAGCUCACAUUUCUGACAAAGACGAUGAUGAUACGGUUCAAGUGAAGGUGCUGAUCCCGUCAGCGGCUGUUGGGGCUAUCAUUGGAAAGGGUGGAGAGACGAUGCGUAACUUGAAGAACGACAGCAAAUGCCGAGUCCAAAUGAGCAAAAAUCAAGAAGUGUAUCCAGGCACCAAUGAGCGGAUUUGCUUGGUGAAAGGCAAGGUCAGUCAUGCUAUGAUCGUCAUCGAAUCCUUAGCCGAGAAGAUUCGAGAUAAAGUUGAAGGUGUCACACGAGAUCCUUUUGAUCAUAAAGACACCCCUCGCGCACAAGAGAUUAAACUUCUUAUGCCCAAUACCUCAGCUGGAAUGGUUAUUGGAAAAUCCGGAGCUAGCAUCAAAGAGAUUCGUGAUGGUUGUGGAUGCCAAAUUCAGGUUUUCCCAAAGUCUGGCAGUGUAGAGGCAAAGAACUCGGUCGAAAGAGUAGUUACUGUCGCACACGAAGACGUUUCGAAGCUUAUGGAGGCUGUCCAACGCGUUUUGGAGAAAGUGGCUGCGGAUCCCAUGCACGCCCAGCCAGUAGACAGCAAGGAUCAUGAGAACUUUGGAAUUGGACCACCAACCGGUAACACUGGAGGCUUUGGAUCUUCAAAUCAAAAUGCUGGUGGAUUUGGAGGCAAUCAGAACUUUGGAGGAAACAAAUUCAACGGAACUGGCAAUACAAUGCAGUUCAAUCCGAUGCAAGGAUUAGGCAAUAAUGAGCUCCUUCAGUUCUUGGAUAGUCUCCAAUCGACUCUCCGCACCUCGGGAUUUAACGAAGCCGCUGUCGCGGAAGUGAUGCAAGCAAUGCAGAUUCUUGCCAAGUAUAACAUCAUGGGGCUGGGUCUUGGUCUAGGAGUGGCAGCGAUGGCCCAGAUGCGCUCUGGUAAUGAGUCAAGCAACUACGGAAUGCAACAAAGCCAGUUCGGAAGCACUCAAAAUUUGGACAACUCGUUCAGCAGUGGAAUGGGAGGAACUGGUACUAAUGCCGGUGGGCAAUGUUGGGGAUACAGUGCUUCCCAGUUGGGGCAACAGCAGCAGCAACAGCCUCAGAACCAGCAACAAACGACCACAUUAGGCCGUUUAAAUAACGUUGAUGCUGGUGGAUUCGCCAGUACAGUCAUGGUCGAGCGAUUUGCUUCGACCGAAGGAAACACCGAGCUAGAGGUCCCAGAUGCAGUUGUUGGCGCUAUUCUUGGCCCUAAAGCCAGAACUCUCGUUGAAAUCCAGCAAAAGACUGGAUGCAAAGUCGUGGUCCACAGAUCGGGCGACGGAGACUCGGAUGUCUCUGAGGGAAAACGGCUCGUUAGUCUAACUGGCGAUCGUGAUCAAAUGAAAAACGCUCGCAAGCUCAUAGAAAAGAUCAUCAAUGAUUUCCAACAGCGCCGAAAAGAGGUUCAACAU